AUGGCCGACAACCCAGAAAACGGCAGCCCUGGCCAGGGCGACGCCCCUGCACCGGUCGAGCAUCUGAACAUCAAGGUCACCGACAACAACAACGAAGUCUUCUUCAAGAUCAAGCGGAGCACCAAGCUCGAGAAGCUCAUGCUUGCCUUCUGCGAGCGCCAGGGCAAGUCGCCCAACUCGGUGCGCUUUCUCUUCGAGGGACAGAGAGUCCAGCCCACCGAUACCCCCGAUACUCUCGAGAUGACAGAUGGUGACACACUCGAAGUUCACCAGGAGCAGGUUGGAGGAUGCUAG